UUAUAUAUCUUUCACUUCUCAUAACGUUUGUAGCUUUUGUCAAAAUUUCUGGAUUCGAUUUUAGAAAUAUAAAUACUCAAAGUGGCAAAAAAUUUAAGUUUGUGAAAUCAACCAACUUAAGGUUGGUAAUACUUGGACCAUUACACUACACGCGAGCCGAGAACUUCAUAAACAUGUCCAAGCAUACCUCCAGCAGUGGGAGCCGUCAGCUAAGUGCUCGCAACUCGGAUGUAGAUGCCUUGGCACAGAGGGGCUAUAAUGUGGGACACAAGAUCGGUGAAGGAUCGUAUGCCACGGUUAUUACAGCCGGCUAUGCCGAUGAUGCUGGACAUGGUGUACAUUUGGCCUGUAAGAUUAUUGACAAGGCCAAGGCACCCACUGAUUUUGUCAAUAAGUUCUUUCCGCGUGAACUGGAGAUUCUCACCAAGAUCGAUCAUACCAACAUUAUACAGAUCCAUAGCAUCCUGCAACGUGGUCCCAAGAUCUUCAUCUUUAUGCGGUAUGCGGAGAAUGGGGAUUUACUGUCGCACAUCAAGAAAUCCGGUCCCAUCGAUGAGAAACAGUCAAAGAUCUGGUUCUUGCAGAUGUCCAAGGCAUUGAAGUAUCUGCACAAUUUGGACAUCGCCCAUCGGGAUCUCAAGUGCGAGAAUAUCCUGCUCUCCAAGAGGCUUAAUAUUAAACUGGCUGACUUUGGUUUCGCUCGCUAUUGUCGGGACGCCAAUGGUCAGGAGCUGAAAUCUGAGACAUACUGCGGAUCUGCUGCCUAUGCUGCACCGGAAGUUGUUUGCGGAAGACCCUAUGAUCCAAAAUUAGCAGACGCUUGGUCCCUUGGCGUCAUCUUGUUCAUCAUGAUGAAUGCCAAAAUGCCUUUCGAUGACGCUAACUUGACCAAAUUGCUAGAGGAUCAACGCAAUCGCAAGUUUGCCUUCCGCCGGAAGCUGCAGGAAUUGAUUUCAGCCCAAGCCAAGGCUACGGUUUCGGUGCUGCUUGAGCCGGAGGCCAGUGCUCGCUGGAAUCUCCGUGAGAUUCUUAACUGCGCCUGGCUGCGUUCCUGUGAGGAUUCGCAACAAGGCCCCUAAAAUGGCUGGAAGACUGGAUUUUCCGGUGGUUCCUGAGGAACCUCAAAGGAACCACCCCUAACUCUGUGAGUCGAACGACAGAUCGAAGAGCGUGUUGAUUUCACAGAAAUUCAGAAAUUCACUGGUAUUUUUCAGAUAGAGCUAUCUUCUAUCUGAAACACAUCAUCCAUAUUUAUAUUUUGUAUGGUAUUAAUAAAAAAUGAAAGAUAAAUUAA